UAAGAAAGGAAAGAAAAUCCAACUUAUACCCGAUAAGAAAAUAGCGACCGAAACUGUCCGAUAAUUUCCUGAAGGAUUAGAGAGACAACAGAACGGCGCAGCUCUCUACAGGAUAUCGCGCAUCUUGUUUUGAGGUCUUCCGCAAAUUCAGAACUUGAGUAAAGAGCCAUUAGAAAUGGUGGCAAAUGGUCAUCCUAUGGGGCCUGUGUCAGAAAUGUUGUCCUUCCAUUCCGAACUGUCAUCGUAGAAUGGCUAGGUAACAUCACGUUGCUUUCAUGGCUUGUUACAAUGGCGAGGUCGGCACGAAAUUUCCAACGGGGCGAUGGGAAGAGUUUUGUAAAGACCGGGGCGAAGUAGCGGCGAUCAAUUUCGCCAAUGAAUUCCUUCAAUUUGUAAGAGACAACCCAGUUUUUGAUGUAUCGGGAGCAUCUGGUACAUUUUCUAAGCGUUUUGUCGAGCAUUUCCUUCAAGCAUUUGACGUAGAGGUGCAUAAACAAGACGGAUUUCUGGACCUCGAGGCCCCCGACUCGCCGACCGAUGUGUUCGGUCCAGACGAUUGGGGUUCAAGCGUUCAUCUCACGGGCACAUUUAAAGCUCCAGAGAAGAAAACAAGUGAAUCCAGCUUCAAAUUCCUUGAGAAAUUAAAGGACGUGAAAGGAUUUUUCAAACGCAAUGCGAACGAAGAGUUACCUCCUGCCAAACAGGCGGAAACGAGGAGAGAUCUGGAUGAUCAGAGAGCUCAAUUUCUGGAGACGAAACUGUCAACUUCUGUCAAACGCGAAGGAGUCAUGAACUAUUUAAUGAACUUGGAAAGUGGAAUGAAUACAGAGGACUUCUUUUGGCAGAAAUGUCGAGUGGUUCUGUUCAAAGCACCUGGAGGGUUUAUGUUGGAGUUUUAUACACCUCCAAAGUCACCCAAACCAAAGACAGGAAUAUUCUGCUUCCUCAUUCAUGAAGCAAGGCCUGCAACAGAGUUGGAGCUGCCAGGAGGAGAGAAUGUGUUUGUCAUCAAGGCUGUAAACAAGAGAGAAUACAUGCUAGCAGCUAAUCACAAGGAGGAAAUGGAUGAGUGGCUGGCUGAGAUAAGAAAAUGCAUGGAAGAAGAUCAGGGGUCAACCAGUCAAAGGCAUGUUGGGAACAUAGCACACAACUGUGAAUAUAUAUUCAGUUUAAUAACUGUAAACUCUGGCUUUUGUCAUUGUCCAGAUAAAAAAUCCACAGAGGCCGUGUCCAAUUUAGCAAAAAGACGGAAUGUUUACACUCCCUCGUCACUUCAAAUACAGAACAGAUCCACAGGAUCAUUUUCUUCACCUCAUGGUCCUCAGACCCCCACAUACCAAGAUGAUCUACCCCAUGGCCGUCCUCCUCCGGAGCUUCCUCCAAGAUCUCCAACCAGCAGUGAGGUGACACCCUCUCUUCCCCCUAAUCAGCCUGAUCUGUUGCGGCAGAUUUCUGCUCAAGGAGCACCACAAUCAACUAAUGAAGAAAACACAGUGUGGGUUACAGCUUCUAUGGAAAAUCACCCUCUUGCAAAUUACCCAUGGUUCCAUGGAACCCUGCCAAGAAUAGAGGCCUCUCAUCUGGUGUCACAGGGAGGCCAGCAGUGGCAUGGGAUAUUCCUAAUAAGGCAAAGUGAGACAAGGAGAGGGGAAUAUGUGUUAACAUUUAAUUACCAAGGGAGAGCAAAGCAUCUCAGACUUGCCUUGAACGUGGAGGGCCAAUGUCGUGUCCAGCAUCUCUGGUUUCAGAGCAUUUUUGAAAUGCUGGAGCACUUUCGAGCUAAUCCAAUUCCGCUAGAGAGUGGUGGACCUUCUGACGUAAUGCUCACAAAUUUUGUGGUUUACACAAGUUCUGGUUCACCCCAACCUGGAAGCUCCUUGCAGCGCACCCAUGUAGGCCAUGGAGGUGAAGGUGGUUUGCGCCGUUCUCACAGCCUUCAUGUAAACAGGAUAACUAGAGCAGCAACCAUCCAAGGUGGCUCUGUUCGAAUUGCAUCAAAUACGGCUAAUGGCCAGGCGCAUUCAAGGGCAGUUGAAAAUCAGUAUGCCUUUGUUUGAAUUUGAAGGCUAAAUUUCAAAAGUUGUAUUCUCUUCUGUUAAAUUUUUAUAUAAAAUUAAUGUUUACAGUAUUUAAAGUGAGACUGAUUUAAGUCUCACUGUGAUCUAGACAGAAGUAACUACCAUUCUGAAAGCCUCUACAGGUCAUAAAAUGGAGAAGUAACGUAGCCUGUUCCAGGCUUUCGCUUGGCAAAGGGAGUAAUGAUAACAACAAUGCCACAAAAUGAAGCAAUGUCAGAGUAUGUACAUGUAGAAUGCCUGGAACAGAGGUAAACCGGAACAGAUUGUUCCCCAAGUAAAUGGUCUGAAUGCUCUUUUGCUCAUUUCAAAUGCUAUCUUCAUUCGCCAGAUCCUGAUAAUUACCAAGCAGUCAUGCCUAGAACAGUUAUUGUCUUUUGUACUGUAAACAAAAAAUAUGAGGUUUUUUCUUGAAUCCUUUCUAGCCUAAUAAAUUGUCAUGCAUUAGUUCCCUUUGUUUGGCUAUGGUAACGUAAAUCUUCAGUGAAGUGUGAUCAGUAGCACUUGGCCCAACAAUGUGAUAAUAUUUUUGUAUUUAUUUAUGCUUUGUAAUUUGAAUACGUAAGACAGAAAGCCUCAUAGUGCAAUUAGAUUUGCUUUCUCUUUCUUAAGUUUGUGAUUUUUAAUAUACAUGCCAAACUUUCAGCAUGCCCAUUGGCUGAGAGUAUGCCCCAAACAAUGCAUAAAGCUUAAAUUGCAUGCUGAAAGACGAAAGUAAGUGUAAAUUAUUAACAAUUAAUCAAAUAUUAUCACUU